AUGAACCAUCCGCUAUUUAUAUCAUCGGAACCGACUCCCGACGGCAUGUGUGCUCCCAACGGCUAUUUGCUACGCGGAUGUGCUGACGUCAGCACCGCAGGUGUCAGGAGGAGCCAAGGACUCCGUAUCCAUCCUCACGAUCCUUCUUCUUCUUCCAGCUCUAGCGAUCAAUCCAAUGAAGCUUUCUUCAGCACCGGUGGUUUGUUUCUCGAACCGCCAGGCGUUUCCUCUUCCUUCUUCGACUCGAUCUCCUCCAAAUGCGUUUGCUCCGACUCCGAGCCUGUGCAUUUCUCCGGUUACUGGAGAAAGCAAACCCGCCUCCGCUCCGGUAAGGGCUUGCUGUUCCUUUCCGUGAGCUUGAGUAAAGACGCAUCCGAGCGGGAUGCUUUGACGGAAAACGACGAGAUUCGCGGCAAGGGAAAUGGAAAACGAAGAGUUUUCAGUGGAGUGAGGAGAAGCGGGACCAUGAACACACGAAAGCAUCUCUGGGCCGGUGCCGUAGCUGCCAUGGUUUCCAAAACUUUCUUAGCCCCACUUGAGAGACUAAAGCUGGAAUAUACAGUUCGUGGUGAGCAGAGGAAUUUGUUGGUGGUGGCUAAGACAAUCGCGACCACGCAAGGCUUCAGAGGAUUCUGGAAAGGUAAUUUGCUCAAUGUUCUCCGAACGGCUCCUUUCAAAGCAGUCAACUUUUGUGCCUACGAUACCUACAGAAAGCAGUUGCUUAGAAUCGCUGGGAAUGAAGAAGCAACCAACUUUGAGAGAUUCGUUGCCGGAGCUGCUGCUGGGAUUACCGCUACCGUACUCUGCUUGCCACUCGAUACUAUACGAACAAAACUAGUGGCUCGGGGUGGAGAAGCCUUGGGUGGGAUCGGAGGAGCUUUCAAGUAUAUGAUCCAAAACGAAGGAUUGUUGUCUCUCUACAAGGGUCUAGUCCCGUCCAUAGCAAGCAUGGCUCUGUCCGGUGCAGUUUUCUAUGGCGUUUACGAUAUCCUUAAAUCAUCCUAUCUGCAUACACCCGAAGGCAGGAAAAGGCUCAAAGACAUGAAGCAGCAAGGGCAAGAACUCAAUGCUCUGGACCGGCUUGAGUUAGGACCCAUCAGAACGCUCAUGUACGGUGCUUUGGCAGGUGCUUGUACUGAAGUAGCUACCUAUCCAUUUGAAGUAGUGAGACGGCAGCUUCAGAUGCAGAUUGGUAGAGACAAGCUCAGUGCGUUAGCCAUGGGAUUCAAUAUCAUUGAUAGAGGAGGGAUCCCGGCUUUAUACGCUGGACUUUUACCUAGCUUGCUCCAGGUAUUGCCUUCGGCUGCAAUAAGUUACUUUGUCUACGAGUGUAUGAAGAUAGUGCUUAAAGUAGAAUAACAAGAUUGGAGAAGUUUUCAACAGGAAAGAAGAUUAAGAUUUUGGAAGAGUACUACUACAUUUUAAGAAUCAUCCAUAGCACAAUGCAAGAGGAAUUAAUCUAUUGGCCAGAAGCAUUCAAUGAUAAUAUUUCUACUUUAAUCCUUUGGAAAUUUCUUGCUCCCUGAGAAUCAGAAUCUUCAAAAUCAAGAACAGAAGAUAAAUAAUCAAACUUCGUCCUCGUGGAGAAGCAUGUUUGGGAUUCCCUUGCUGACAGUAAACUUUCUAGCGGUUUCGGGGCAGACGAGAGAGCCUUCCUCGAGGUGGAGCUCGAGCAACGCGUGGUGGAAUUUCCUGAGAAAUGGUUCGUCGGAUUCUAGCGCCGUCGUGUCUGGUGCGUGAUCCGGAAGCUCGGUGUAUCCCAAAGAACGUGCACCGUCCACAAGAGCCUUCCACUCGAUCUUGGCGAGCAUGUGCCUGAGAAAAUCUGGGUUGAAAUCGACUUCCUUCUCAAUCACCUUCUCGGCUUCGAUCCGCAGAGGAAACUUGUUAACCACUCCCUUGAUGUUGCAAGACAGCAUGUUGUGCACUAUCAACCUCAUCUUCUUAUCUCUUUCUCUCUCACAAAGUCACAAUGCAACGAGCAAGAGACGCGCGAGGAAGACGAAGUGUCGUGGCGGCUGACGGCGGAAGUGGAAGACAAAGCGUCGUGGUGGCUGAUGAUUGACGAAAAGGACGAGAAUACCCCUGUAGUAUUAGCUAGAUCUUAUUAUAAAACUGAUUUAGUUUUGUAAAUGGGCUUACUCCAUUUAAGGCCCAUAGCUAGAAAGGUUUAAUGACUAUAAGCUGAUCCAUGUGUUCACUAUACGUGUCGUUAAUGUACACAGUCGCUUAAACCAGAAACACAAAUCAGGCUAGAUUAAAUUAGUCAGAAAGUUGCC